AUGGAGAUGUGCCAUUCCCCUCCCCCUGUUGCUCUGCCCCUCCCCGCCAUUUCCCCCCUCUCUGCUGCUCCUCCCCAUCCCCUCCAAUCCUUCCCCCUCUAUUGCUCCCCCCCUCCUCACCAACCACCCCCCCCUCUGCUGCUCCUCCCCUCCCCGCUGCGCUCCCCCGCUCUGUUGUUCCUCCCCUUCCUGCCUCCCCUUGCCCGCUCACUUCCCCCCGCUCAUCCUUCCCUUUCUGAAACUCCUCCGCUCCCUUCCUCUCCUCCCUUUCUCUCCUUCCACUCCCUCGUACACCCCGUAUUCCUCCUCACCUCGUCUUCCUCCUCACCUGCUUCGCCUACCGUUGUGGGACUCUCCUCGUGUUCCUCCCUCCAUCCUACACAUGCUUUCCUCCUAUCCAUCAAUCAGGCUGUUCAGAACCCCCUCCGCCAAUUCUCCCCUCCCCACAACUUCCCCCUCCCCUCCCCCAACUCCUCUUCCCCUCCCCCCCCUCCCCGCACCCCCAACCCCCUGCUUCCCUGCUCCGCGCAGGACCAAUUGCGUGGAGGUACUCUUUUUGAGGCGCCUCAAAAAUCGUCUCCGCGCUUCCCUGCUCCGCGCAGGACCAAUUGCGUGGAGGUACUCUUCGACGCGCGCGUGAAUGGCGGCGGGUUCAACGCGCUGGGCUCCGUCACGCUCGUCGUCGCCCCGCUCGCCACGUCGUGGCGCGGAGCGUGCCUCUACUAG